UGAACUCCUGUUCGACACCUUCGCUCCUCCAUAACGGUCCGCAGCUGGGCGCUGAACCGAGGCGGCGAGGCCAGCGCGCCAGGCGGCGGCGGAGGGCAUCAUGGGAGCCUCCGUUUUGUGAAGUCUGAGGAUGGAGAGUGCAGACGACUAAAUCCCACUUUCCUGUGAUACUGUAGCCGGAAAACUGUCAAGACCUGUGGAUAAAUUCAUGGAAUAAGAAAAGAUGGCGUCUAGAGUAAAUACCAGUUUAACUUUGAUACCCAACCAGAAAUGUAAACGUACUAACCACCAAUCCAGAUAUUUUUUCAACACCCCUGAUUUAGACCCUCAACUCUUAUCUACGCUUGGAAAUUUUAAAGUCUUACCAUUGGAAAUAUUCCACAUAAUUUUAAGAUAUUUGUCAGUGAAGGAUAUUGGCAUGUUAAGCAUGGUGUCCAAAACAGUCAGCCAGCACAUAAUUAAUUAUAUCUCAACCUCAUCUGGAAGUAGAAGACUUUUAAUCCAGAACUUUCAUAACCUUGAUCUGUCUGGCACAGAAGAUACUCAUCUACGGGAGCACUACAGAGCUCUAGGUCUACUAUUUAAAAGAUGCACCUUGCUGCUUCCCACGAAGGACAGACUAAAAUACAUUCACAAGAUACUCUCAGAAGUUUCCUGUUUUAAAUUCAGCGGCUGUUCAGCUCCUUUGCAAUGUUUAGGAUUACCAUGUUAUGGCAUAUUUUUACAGACCUUAACAGCAGGUUGGGAUGAACUCGAGUGCCACCGUGUUUAUAACUUCUUAUGUGAGUUGACUAAUCUCUCCCGUAAGAUGCAGACUGUUGUCUGUAACAAAGCAGGAAGUUCCCGAAAGCUGGAGUUAAGGAUUAGACUGUUCUGUAGAAAUGUCCUCCUUGAUCACUGGACACAACAAAGUGAUUCUGCAUUUUGGUUGACUCGAAUAUUAAAACCAUGGCCAAUGGUGAAUCAGGCAAGAUUGCUAUAUAUUAUCUUUGGACCAAUAUCUCCUCAGGAUGGGCAGGUGAUUUGGCAGGAAAUGGUGGAAGGGCCCACAGAUGAAUCCAGUCUGAAAGGUUUGGCUAAUGCCAUUAAGCUGCUGUAUGACACAAGUACCAAAGAGUGGACAGCAGAUGAUGUUAUCAGUCUUGUAGAUGAACUAUCAGUGGUUCCCAGGGAGUGGCUUCUAGAGAAUAAUGCACGCCUCCUAAUCCUGAGUGGGAACAACAUCUGCUUCACUUUCAUGGCUAGUAAAGCUGUGAACGGAAGGGCCAUUGAGCUGGCAAGGCUCAUAGUCUUUUUGGCUUUGGUGUGUGAGAAGGAGCUGUACUGCAUGGACUGGACAGUGAGGAUGAUGCAGAAGGUCUGCAAGGUCUUCAACACUGCAGCAGAGAGGAAGAACUUCCUGCAGAGCGUGGCCAACGCCUUUGCCUGUGUCACCAUGGAAAUGCUGCAGCCUAUCAUGUCUGGAGAGCGCGAUGAGGAUGAGAGAGGCUUCCUGAAUUUGUUCCAUCUUCUGCACGCUCAGGCGAACUUCCAUAAGGAGGUGCUGUACUUGUCCAUGAAUACUUCCUCUUCCUAAGUCAAGACCCUUGUCACUUAAAGACUGUGUCACCAGACUACUGCUUAGGAAAGUGACGAUUUUUCACAUCCAAGGGCAGCACCUGUUGGACUUUUGAUAAUCUAAUUAACCAGAAACUCCAGCUGCACAGGAUUUUAGCUGUAACUGCUUUACUCUGAUUAAUGUUAAAUAACAAGCAAACCCAAGAAUGUGUUGUUACUUUUCUAGAAAAUAAGCUCUGCCCCUCCAGGUCUUGGUAAACUCAAAACAGAAUGUUAAGCUGUCCAGAAUCUGCAGCCUGCUCAACCUAUUUGUGUGACUCUUUGAAGCAGGAGCUAAUUCUGCUUUAUUCAGAACAGAUUCACAUUUGCUAACUAGUGCUGUCUGUCCACUUUGCUUAGGUUGAGCAAAUAUGGCCCAAAUGUUUGUGAGGAUCUGUAAUACUGUUUUAGAAUGUGUUUUAUGUAAGUCACAUUCUUUACCACCUUCUCAGCAUAUGGUUACAAAAUAAAUCUUAUAUUUCAUUUAUAUUUUGUAUGAAUUAACAGAAUGUAUACAUAUAUGUAUAUUUUAUACAUAUAGACACAUAUACAUAUAUUUUCUGCAAGACAAUCAUACAAAAGGUCUACAAAGAGGGGAUCUUCAGAUAAUGGAAUCAUCUUGCAACUUCCCUGGGGAUUAGAGCAGAGAAUUGCAAGAAGGAGAUAAACAUAAUGAAAGUAAAUUGCCAGAACAUCUUCACAAGUAACUCCCCUUCUUGGUAAGCCUGUCCUCCCUAACCCGGAAAGGAGAGUUUGAUGAUGGGAGCUGAAAGCAUACAUGCUCAGAGUAGCCAGAGAGCGGAGACAGGAAGAAAGAACUCCAGGCCCAUUGAGUAGACCUACCACCUCCCUUCACCUCCACUUCCUAGGAAGGGACCUGUAACCAGGGACUCUAGAGCUCUCGCCUUCUCUUCCCGCCCUGGCCUCAGUCAAAUGCAAUGCUUUGUAUGAGCUAAAGGAGCACUCUCCCUCUGAACUGGGUCCCCAGGCCACUGACACUUCCCGCUGGACUUCUUUUCCCCAGAACACUGGGAGAUAAGGAAAUUGUCUUCAACAGCAAGGUGUAAAGAAAAUUCAUGAAUUUUAACAAAAGGGCUGAGAAAAUUUGAUAGGACUGAGGAGCAGUGAAAAUUGUGGAGAAAUAAAAAUUGUGAUAAUACCGUCAAUACAAAGGAUCAAAAUUAAUUGCCUUUGUGCUGUCCAAUUAUAAUUCUACUAGUAGGAAGAAUUUUUUUCUCCAGAGUUUAUUUGAAGAUUUGGGGGUGGGGGAAGAGUCUUGCUUUGAUAAACCUCAUUCAUUUUCUUCUGCUCAGUUGAAGAAAUGAUCUGUAACAAUUAGCCUGGACAGCCCUGGUAACAGCAACUACUAGAAUACAAAGUAACACCUCAGAGCCCUUGAUAUUUCCUCUGUCUGUGAUAUUUCCAUAACCACUUUGGAAAGAUAACUAUUUUUACUUCUGAAGCACUAGUGAUUUCAAUGUGAACUUAUCUUGAAAAGAAAAAAAUCAAAUGUUACUAUGAACAGUAUUUUAAAGAUUAUACUUAUUUAUUUUUAUUUAUUUUUGAUUUUGUUUUUUGACUCAAGAGUUUCUCUACAUACCACUAGUUGUCUUGAAACUCACUCUGUAGACCAGGCUCAUCUCAAACAGAGAUCCACCUGCCUUUGCCUCUUGCAUACUGGGAUUAAAGGUUUAUGCCACCACAUCCGCCUCUAAAGAUUUUGAUAAAUAGAUAAUUUCAUUUUCUGAGGAUAAGAACUGACUGUUCUUACAGAGAACUUGGGUUCAGUCCCCAGCACCCACUUAGCUUAAAACCAUCUGUAACUCCUGUUCCAGGGGAUCCAUGCCUUCUUCUG